GGAGGGCCAAAACCCUAACACUAUCUUCACAGCACUAAUCCAGUCUGCAGUAGACACUUGAAUAUGGCCUAUGUGUAAGCAAAACUAUUAGAUGGAUCUAUUUGUAUCUAGUGUAAUUAUGUGUCUUAUCGUGUAAUUAGUUUAAGUAUCUAGGACCGUAGUGCAAUUAUUAUAUAGCUUGUGUAUAUAUAUUUUACGUUGAAUGAAAUUAACUCUAAUGGGUUUUCUCGCUAUUACGAUUACCCUAAAACUGAACAUGGUAUCAAAGCGAUAGAACCUGGCGACCUACGACGUCCUUCUCGUCGCUGCGUGAACAGUACUUCGAUCAGUCGGGGCUUGCCGUCGCCGUCGAUCAGAUCUGUUCUCGCCGAUGAAAUCUAUUUUUUUCUUCUCUCACGAAGUUUCAACACUGUUUCAGUCAAAUCCAAAGGUAUUCAGUUGAUUUUUUUGAGGUUCUAGGGUUUUUUGGAACCUUUAUUUAUUGUUUUUGGAGUUCUAAAGUUGUUGGGAACAUUGUUUAUUGUUUAUUUGGCAUUAUUGUUCUGCUUUCAAGAUGUCAGAAGAGAAAAAACAGGCUUCCGCUAGUGGCAAGGAUGAGUUGAGUCGUGUAGGGACUCUGGAUAACUCUCCAUUGGAUAUUUGUCCCAUCAAACUGGAUGACACAAAUUAUUUACUUUGGUCUCGUACUUUUACAUUAGCUAUUGAAGCUAAAGGGAUGUCUGAGUUCAUUGAAGGCCCUGUUACUGAGCCUACUACUGAUGUUGAACUCAAGACGUUUAAGUCUCGUCGAUCUUUAGCCAUGACUUGGUUGUUUAAUUCUAUGAAGGCUGAUAUUCGUAGUCCUUUCUUGCUUCUUAACACUCCAUAUCAGAUUUGGACUAUUGCCAAACAGACUUAUUCUCAGCAGGGCAAUGAUGCUCAGUGUUUUGAGUUGCGAAAGCGAUUUCGUACUAUGGAUCAACAUAAUCGAUCUGUUGCUGUUUACUUUGCUGAUCUCAGUGGGGCCUGGCAAGAAUUUGAUUAUUAUCAGGGGUUUCAAGCAGUUUGUUCCGUUGAUACCAGUGCUUGGUUAAAAAGAAUAGAGAAAGAGCGUGUGUAUGACUUUCUUGCUGGUCUUGACGUGGAGUAUGAUCCAAUUAGAGUGCAGGUGUUGGGUCGUGUUCCGCUUCCAUCUUUGGGAGAGGCCUAUGCCAUUGUUCAAUAGGAGGAGAGCAGAAGGGGUGCUAUGUUACAAGCUCCUACUUUUGAUCGUUCUGCAUUGGUUGCUAUUCCGCAGGGACAGUUUGGGUCUGGCAGUGGAAAGUCUCAGGCUGGUACUACCAGUGGGACCAUAGACCGUAUGUCACUCCAGUGUGAUUAUUGCCACAACACUGAACAUACCAAGGAUUUCUGUUGGAAGUUAUAUGGUCGUCCUUCUUGUGGGCGAGGCAGUGGACGUGGAGGUCGAGGUCGUGGUCCCGGGCGUUCUCAGGCUCAGGCACAUGUUUCAGAGUUUGCUAUCUUGUUUGAUUCUGGGUUUAGCACAGGAGUUCAAUCACCUUCUGAUUCUGUUGGCAGUUUCUCUCUGGGGGAGAUGCAAGCUCUCAGGCGUCUUAUGGCUCAGGCUGAUUCUUCCUCUACUAUAGCUCCUACUUCCACAGCAGCUCCUACUACAUCCUAUUUUGCUCAUUCAGGUUUUUUAAGGCUAUACUGGUUUUUGGUUACAAGCAGAGCCAUGCAGAUCAUACAAUGUUUAUUCGGCGAGGUAAUGGUAAGAUUGCUAUCCUUAUUGUUUAUUUUGAUGACAUAAUAAUGACAGGCAAUGAUGUGAGUGAGAUUCAUAACCUUAAGUCUCGUCUAGCUCAAGAGUUCGAGAUUAAGGACUUGGGAUCAUUGAGAUACUUCCUUGGAAUGGAAGUAGCGAGGUCUGAUAGAGGUAUCUUUAUUUCCCAACGCAAGUAUAUACUUGAUUUUUUGGAAGAAACAGGUAUGUUGGGCUGUAGACCUGCAGAUUCUCCAAUUGAGGCGAAUAAUCAUCUUAGUGGAGAUGUGAGGGAGCAUACUGGUAAGGAGAGGUAUCAGCGACUUGUGGGUCGACUAAUAUACUUGGCCCACACUCCACCAGAUAUUCCUUAUGCAGAAGGUGUUGUUAGUCAAUUUAUGCAUGAUCCUCGUACUUCACAUCUAGAUGCAGUUUAUCGUAUUUUGAGGUAUCUAAAAUCAGCUCCAGGAAAAGGAAUUUUGUUCUAUAAUCAUGGUCAUUUGCGAUUGGAGGCAUUCACUGAUGCUGACUGGGCUGGUUCUGUGGAUGACAGACGCUCUACUUCUGGUUAUUGCACUUUCCUUGGGGGUAAUCUGAUUACCUGGCGAAGUAAGAAGCAAUCGGUAGUCGCCAGGUCUAGCGCAGAAGCUGAAUAUAGAGCUAUGACUAAUGGUGUUUGUGAGCUCUUGUGGCUCCAAACUUUGUUACUUGAUUUGGGGUUUGCUGAUAGUGUUCCGAUGAAACUCUACUGCGACAAUAAAGCUGCCAUUAACAUUGCUCAUAAUCCCGUUCAACAUGACAGAACGAAGCACAUAGAGAUUGAUCGACACUUCAUCAAGGAAAAGUUGAACGAGGGUUUGAUAUGUAUGCCGUUUGUGAGAUCUGGAGAUCAGUUAGCUAAUAUAUUCACAAAAGGGCUGGGUAGCAAGAGUUUUCAUCCUAUUGUGUUCAAGUUGGGCUUGAUUGAUAUCUUCGCACCAACUUGAGGGGGAGUGUUAGAUGGAUCUAUUUGUAUCUAGUGUAAUUAUGUAUCUUAUCAUGUAAUUAGUUUAAGUAUCUAGGACCGUAGUGCAAUUAUUAUACAACUUGUAUAUAUAUAUUUUACGUUGAAUGAAAUUAACUCUAAUGGGUUUUCUCCCUAUUACGAUUACCCUAAAACUGAACAAAAACAAACUACCAUAAUCUAAAUAGAUAGAUAAGAAACAGAAUUCUAGCAAAUCUAAACUUCUCUUUCCAGUCCCCAUCAUUGUGACUAUUUUUAAGUCUCUUGAGUUUUGUGUCUCACUAGUUGGAGUCAUUCCCUAACUUCUUGAGCAAACUAAUUCACGAGAAUUGACCUUAUAUUAUGUAAUGGCAUGCUGCUACAUUUGCUUAUCCUAUAGUUUAGAAAAUGCAGUGACAUAGUUCUUCGCCAAAUCUAUAAACUUUUCUACUUAAAGGUCUAGUUUGUCAGUUGAAACUACUAUGAAACUAAAUGUAUAUCAUUCAUAUGACUUAAGUUCCUAUAGUUUCCCUUGAUUCCACAUCCAUGUUAUUUACCCUGUCGUUUGUCUUUUGUGCAUGUGCAUAAACUGAAUGUUAUGUGUAAUAUAUUUCAGACUUGGCCAAUUAAUUUCUCUGUUGUUUUCUGUUGCUUUCGGUAGGAGUGCAUGAUAUAUUAUCAGCAGAAAGAAUGAUCGCUUACUUUGUGCUGCAAUUAUUUUUCACUUUCCACCUG